AUGUCAGGUCCCAUAUAUUUCUACAAGUACGUGGUGACUCCCCAAGUAUUCUUCAAGAGUAAAUAUACGUAUGCGCUGGUUAACUUGAAACCACUGGUCCCCGGCCACGUUCUCAUUGUCCCAUUAAGAACCCAGGUGGUCAGGCUAAGCGACUUGACUCCGGACGAAUCGACUGAUUACUUCAACACGUUGCAGCUAAUUCAGAAGUUCAUCAGCUGGCAUUUCAAAGCUGAUUCACUGAACAUCGCUAUUCAGGACGGUCCCGAGGCUGGUCAGACAGUUCCACACUUGCACACGCAUAUCAUCCCAAGGUAUAGAACAAACAACAUCGGCGACCAGAUAUACGAUAAGCUCGACGACUGGAGAUUUCAGAGCUGGGAUGAGCGACGUAGCGAGUAUUUAGCAAUUGGUGGCAGAGAAGGCCGCAAGAAGUUGGCAAAACCCGACGACCAACGAAUAGCCCGUUCUCAGGAGGAGAUGGCUCAAGAGGCAAUGGAAUUGGAGCGCCAAUUGGCCGAAUUCACUGUUACAUCGGCUUGA